AUGAGUAAUCCGAUUGGAGAUGAUGCCCAAUCUGCCCGGGAUGAAGAAGACUGUGAAGGUGAGUUGCUCUGCUUGAAGAUUAAGGCCCAGUUGGAGGAUUUGUUCACCGACAGCCACCUGGCCGAGGACGGCUUCCUGCUGAAACAUGUGCAGAAGAACAAGCAGGGCUUCGUCAGCCUCAAGCUCCUCACUUGUCUGAAAAAGAUAAAGGUCCUGACCACAAACUGGUACAUGACUCUGGCAGGAGCAGAGUACUCCGAGCUCCUGGAGGUGAACGAUGAAGGCACCAAAGUGAGGCGGAUGGAACCGCUUCCCAAGAGGCUGCUGUGUUCCCCCACCAGCAAGCUGCUCCUCGCCUGGAACUCUUCUGUGGAGAAUUCAACCGGAGACAAUGGAUCAUCCCGAGGCCUGGAGCAGGCUUUCCUCUCAAAGAGCAUCCUCCAGAAGUUCAGCGUCCAUGGCGGGAUUAUUUCAUCCUGGAUCCUGCAUGCUGGCGAGGAGCUUCCCAAGGAGCUGCAGUGCUACGCCAAGCGCCACAAAGAGCUCGGCCAACAACUGUGUGUAGUGGUGAAGUUUAAUCAUUUGGAGGAAGUUCGUAAGACCUACAGCGCCCUGAAAGCAGAGGAGGAGAAGUCUGGCGGUGACGGCAUACACGUGGUGCCUUUGGGAUUCCAGUCGAUGCACUACAUCAACAGGGGGGAAUCAUCAGAGGGAACCAACGAGAUCAGACCUGAGGACACACCUUCCCAGGAACAUCAAACCCCAGAGGAUUCAGUCAAGGAGGACAAAACAUCUCAGUCCCAGAAGUUUGUGGAAAACUCUGUGCAAAGAACCUUGGAGCAGAUCUCCAGCAACUGGAACAGCAAGUCCCUCUCCGGUCUGAAUCCGAGGCACAGCAAGAGGAACUGGUGCUCUGGAGACAGUGACACAGAGAGCUCUCAGAGCCCCUGGGUGCUGAGGCGCAAAUUUGCAGCCAGUGUAUUAAACCCCAAGGUGGCGCUGCACAUGAACGCGCACUGCCCGAUGCAGACGGUGGUCCGUCAGCCCCUCGGCCCCGACAGCACCAAGGGCUUUCAGAGCAGAAGGAGGCCGCUGCUUCAGGGGGAGCGCACACUCUCUCUGGGAAGCAGAAAGACCGCCUGUGCAGAUUAA